AUGGCAUACGUCCCUCCACAAAAGAAGGCUGGCUACGAAGAAACCCCAGAGACAAAGAUUCAUCGCAUUCGAAUCACAUUGUUGAGCAGAAAUGUAAAGAACUUGGAAAAGGUCUGUGCCGACUUGAUCCAAAAGUCAAAGGACAAGCAACUCAAAGUCAAGGGCCCUGUUCGCAUGCCUACAAAGGUUUUGCGCAUCACUACUCGAAAGACUCCUUGUGGUGAAGGUUCAAAGUGGGACAGAUACGAAAUGAAGAUUCAUAAACGUGUCAUUGACUUGCACUCGCCUUCUGAUGUAGUCAAGCAAAUCACUUCCAUUGCAAUUGAACCUGGUGUCGAGGUUGAAGUCACCAUUGCUAACUUGAAGCAAUAA